UUUUUUUUUUACUUUCGUUUAUUUUGUUUCAAAUUUCCUGUUGAAUUGCUACUAAAUUUCUGCGGUUUCGUGCGGUUUGCGCUUCAAUCCAGGCUUCAACAACAGUUUCCAGUACCAAAAUUAGAAAGUGAGAUGUCUUCAGACGAGGCUAUGAGUGUAGUGGGAAAUGAGGUAGUGCCCCUGGAGUAUGGUGGCAUGGAUUCGGAGACCAGUCCAUCUCCAACAAGUUUGGAGAGGAUGGUGGAGGAGAGGAGAGAAGAAGUAGUAGUAGAGGAGGAAGAAGAGGAUAUCCCCUCAAACGUGUUGGAAUUUGGGGAUGGCGUAGACGGGUGCUAUGACCCGAACUUAGAGAUAGUGUCCGAGGUGAGGGGAUAUGUAAGCGAAUUGGGGAGUAGAAAUAGUCUUAGGGGGUUAGUGGGGAACUGUAACCUUCCCCACCAUGUCCUAAUUAGGCCUGCCGGGGUGAAUGAGAGGGCAUGCUCAGCACCCCGAGAUCAUUGGAUGCCCAUAUACCUGCACUAUUUGAUUGCAGGGCUUAGGUUUUCCAUUCCAGAAUUACUGGUUGGGUUAUUAUUAGAUUAUAGUAUAGGAAUAACCCAGCUAACUCCCAAUGCCAUUAGGGUAGUAAUAGCUGAGAUGGAGGAGUUUACCAAUGCUGCUGGGGGGCUGCGCAUCCCAAAGAAGCCCAGGAAGAAGUCAAAGACUUCAGCUAUGGCGAAUAGAGGGGUGCCUGAGGGAGAGCGCCUGCCCAGCACUUCUGCCCGGGCCAAGGAGGUGCAGCCAAGGCCGGAGCCGAUGAUGGGGGGCAGCGAGGAUGCAAGUGAGGAGACGGCACCACUCCAGAGGAAGAAGAGGAGGGUGGUAGAGCUAGAAUGCAGGGGUGAUGAGGUGGUGGAGUUUGUGCCUCAACCUUCUCCUCCAGAAAUCGAUCCUGAGGUCCGGGGGAGGGAAGAGGCCGAGGUGCAAGGGCUUAGUGGGGGCAGGGAGCGCACCCCAACCCACGCGUACCAGAAAAGUCUGUUUGAGGCAACAAACAUGACUGGGGCGAAGCACUUCCUCAACGCUACGCUUCCUGACGUGGAUAGGAUGCAAGCGAAAGACGAGAUUUGACUC